AACGUAGCCUAUCUAUAUUGGAAGGAUCUCUCUCUCUCUCUCUCUCUCACUCACGCGCACACAAUGGGAACAGUGGCAGAAGAGGCAUCAAUUGAGAAGAAACUGCCGGAAGACGAAAUCGACGAGGAGGAGCUCUCGCCGAUCGAGCAAGUCCGGUUAACGGUGCCGAAUUCCGACGACCCGUCCCUACCUGUAUGGACCUUCCGGAUGUGGAUCUUGGGCCUCCUCUCCUGCGCCCUCCUCUCCUUUCUCAACCAGUUCUUCUCCUACCGGAAGGAGCCACUCAUCGUGACCCAGAUCACCGUCCAGGUUGCCACCCUCCCAAUUGGACGUUUCAUGGCCGCCGUCCUGCCGGACACCAAGUUCCGCCUCCCCGGGUUCGGGCAGCGAGAGUUCUCGCUCAACCCGGGUCCAUUUAACAUGAAGGAGCACGCUCUGAUUUCCAUUUUCGCCAACGCGGGAAGUGCUUUCGGAAACGGGUCGGCUUAUGCGGUUGGGAUCGUAAACAUUAUAACGGCGUUUUACGGCCGGAAGAUCUCGUUUUUGGCUGGUUGGCUUCUUAUCAUGACUACCCAGGUUCUUGGAUACGGUUGGGCCGGGCUAUUGAGGAAAUACGUAGUGGAACCGGCACACAUGUGGUGGCCCAGUACCCUCGUCCAGAUCUCUUUGUUCCGCACACUGCAUGAAAAAGAAGACACAGAUGGCAAGCGAGUGACACGUGCAAAGUUCUUCGUGAUUGCCAUGACCUGCAGCUUCUUAUGGUACUUGGUCCCUGGCUACUUCUUCCAGACCCUGCAAAGCAUCUCCUGGGUCUGCUGGGCAUUCCCCCACUCAGUCACUGCCCACCAGCUAGGCUCGGGCUUCAGUGGCCUGGGAUUUGGAGCCUUCAGCCUCGACUGGUCGGCUAUUGCCUCAUUCUUAUUCAGCCCUCUGAUAAGUCCUUUCUUUGCCAUUGUCAAUGUCUUCAUAGGCUAUGUCCUGAUCGUUUACAUAGUUAUGCCGUUAUCCUACUGGGGGUUCAAUGUGUAUCAAGCGAAGAACUUCCCCAUAUUUUCAGCAGAUUUGUUCACUGCACAAGGUCAACCAUACAAUAUAACAGCAAUUGUUAAUGAUAAGUUUGAGCUAGAUUUGGACCAGUACCGGAAGCAAGGGCGGAUAAACUUGAGCACCUUCUUUGCUCUAACCUAUGGGUUUGCAUUUGCUACAAUUGCUUCUACGGCUUCUCAUGUGGCAUUAUUCCAUGGAAGGGAGAUUUAUAGAAGAUACAAAGCUUCUUCUACUGGAAAGCAGGAUAUUCAUACAAAAUUAAUGAGGAGGUACAAGGACAUACCUUCUUGGUGGUUUUAUGUACUUCUUGGAGCAACAAUGGCAGUCGCACUUUCACUCUGCAUCUUCAUGAAAAAGGAGAUACAGAUGCCUUUUUGGGCCCUCCUACUUGCAGCUGUCAUCGCUUUCGUAUUCACCCUGCCCAUUAGCAUCAUUACUGCCACCACAAAUCAAACACCGGGCCUGAAUGUCAUCACCGAGUACAUCAUGGGAGUCAUGUUGCCUGGAAAACCUAUCGCCAAUGUGUGCUUCAAAACAUAUGGUUAUAUGAGCAUGACUCAAGCAAUCUCAUUUCUCAGUGAUUUCAAGCUAGGCCAUUACAUGAAGAUUCCUCCAAGAUCAAUGUUCUUGGUUCAGUUUAUAGGAACCAUGUUAGCAGGGACAAUCAAUUUGAGUGUUGCAUGGUGGCUUUUGCACAAUAUCCCCAACAUUUGUCAUCAGGAUCCCAAAUCAAACAGUCCAUGGACAUGCCCCGGAGACCGUGUCUUCUUCGAUGCAUCUGUUAUCUGGGGUUUGGUCAGCCCCAAGCGAAUUUUCGGCCCUUAUGGCAACUACCAGGCACUCAACUGGUUCUUCCUCGGGGGCCUGCUAGGACCAUUUGUGGUGUGGCUCCUGCACAUGGCAUUCCCCCGGCAAUCCUGGAUUCCCCUCAUUAACCUUCCAGUCCUCCUCGGAGCCACUGCUUAUAUGCCACCGGCAACACCCUUGAACUACAACUCUUGGAUAUUGGUGGGGACGAUCUUCAACUACUUCGUGUUCAAGUAUCGCAAAGGUUGGUGGCAGAGGUAUAACUAUGUCCUUUCAGCAGCUCUGGAUGCCGGGGUCGCUUUCAUGGCAGUUCUGAUUUACUUCUGUGUGGGAAUGGAGGACAGAAACAUAUCUUGGUGGGGUACUACUGAUGCUGAGCACUGUGACUUGGCAACUUGCCCCACAGCAAAGGGUAUUUCAGUGGAUGGCUGCCCUACAUUCUAAUGAUCAAUUUCCAUGCACUUUUGUGAUCCAUGCUUCUCAAAACUUGUCAGGAUUUCAUACAUAGUUGAUAUAAUUGUGCUGAUAAUGCUUCACCUUAAGGCCAGUAUUUGUUCAAAAGGUGCUUGGUCCAAUGCUGGCAAGUUGUUCAUAUAAAAACAAACAGCCGGACAUGGUGGUAUUAUUGUAAAAUUUCAGUAUCACCCAGCUUCAUUUAGGUUUGAUUAUAAAUCAUAAAGUCAAAUGAUUUAGUUUGAGUUUCCAA